AGCCUAUUCCUUCAGGCCACAAAAACUAAACCUUGAUUCAGUUGCUCUCCUUAUAGUUCUUCUUUCAUUCACAAUGAGGAGUUCAAAGAUUUGGUCGUGGCAGCAGUGUUCAAAGCAAAUCAGAGAGCAGAGGGCUAGGCUUUAUAUCAUCUGGAGAUGUGCUGUGAUGCUUCUAUGCUGGCAUGAUUAAGACUGACCACCCAUCAAAAGCUAAAGGUAGAGAUCGAAGAGAAGUCAAAUUGUCACUGGGACUCCAAAUUCUCUUGCACUAACUAUAGCAUACAGAGUUGAAGAAGCAGGGAAUGUUUUUGAGUAGAGUGGUAGAUGAGAACAAGUGACAUUAUGUACAUUGAAAGAUAGAAUCGUGUCAUUUUGGUAAUUAGGUAGAAGAAAGUAGGAUUGCAGAGACUACUGUUUUACUUCACCGCGUUGAAUACCAUGUUAAGUACUUCUUCCAUUGAAACAGAGAUCAAGUUCAAUACUUCCCCCCUUUAUUUCUGCUGUUAA